AUGAUUGGAAUUGGUGGAUAUGGGAAUUCCGAACACUUUGCUUCAGUGGUAGGAAAUUUCGAGAAAAUGAAAGUCUUCAUCAAUAAUAUUGUUACUCUUCUGGAAGAGUAUAAUAUAGACGGAGUUGAUUUCUAUUGGAGAAGUGCUAGCGAGGAAGAUAAAUGGAGAUACAUAACAUUCGUCCGAGAACUACGCAAAAGUCUCACAAUCAGAAAUAGAGAAAAACCAUUUUUGAUUUCUCUCACGAUUCCUGCGGUCAUCUCUAGUUACGAACUCGCGUACGAUCUUGAAGACUCUUUGAAAGACGUGGACUUUUUUAACGUCUUCUCAAUGGAUUAUUACGGACCAUGGGAAAAUCAAUGGGGUACUCCAGCUGGACCAAUCGCUCCUUUAUACAAUACUGUGCCGGGAAAAAACGGCUACUGUGUGGAUUCAACCUUGAAUUAUUACGUAUGCAAAACAAAGCAACCCAGUAAAUUCAACAUUGUGAUUCCAUUCUUCGCAAGAUUAUGGCGCCAUGUUAAAGAAGCUGUGAAACCAGAAAAGGAAGUGAUUAGAAAUGUGGAACUAAAAGAUAAUAAGGCUGUUGGAGACGGAUACAUGUUUAGAUGGACUGUACAAGAUAGAAAAUACAAAAUAUCGCCUGCAACAUGGGAUGAAGAAUCGAAAACUUCCUACAUCUAUAAUCCAGUGAACGAAACCUACCUAACAUUUGAAGAUGAGAAAAGUAUUAAUGCUAAAAUCGAAUACGUAAAUUCAAUGAAUUUGGGAGGAGUGGGGCUCUGGACUUUGAACAUGGACGAUGAUAAAAGCAGUGUUCUCAAUAUGGUUUUUUCGAAGGAAUUAUGUUCAAAGAAGACUCAAAUUUAUGUGAAGUAUCACUGUUAA